GCAUCUCUCCCCGCUGCUCCGGAUGUGACGUGUCCUCUGGGAGGAAGAAGAAGCCGCAGAGCAGCUGGAGCGUUAAAGAUGUCCGGGGUGGAGGAAACUUUGAACGAGUCCGUGGACGUCAAAGAGGACAAAGAGUUUGACGUGGAGGCUGACGAACAUGCCGGGGAGGAUUACUUUGUUGAUCCCACUCGGUAUUUAUUUUACAGAGACCGAAAGGAGUGGGCCGACCUGGAGCCUGUGCCUCAGGAUGAUGGACCGAAUCCCGUGGUGAAGAUCGCCUACUCUGAAAAGUUCGCCGAUGUUUACGACUAUUUCCGUGCUCUCCUGAAGAACGACGAGAGGAGCGAGCGUGCUUUCGCCUUGACUGCAGACGCCAUUGAGCUGAAUGCCGCCAAUUACACAGUUUGGCACUACAGACGAGUACUGCUGCAAGCCUUGUCAAAGGAUCUGAGGGAGGAGAUGAGGUACAUUACUGCCAUCAUCGAGGAGCAACCCAAAAACUACCAAGUGUGGCACCACAGACGUAUGGUGGUCGAGUGGUUGAACGACCCCUCGGAGGAAUUGGAGUUCAUCGCAGACAUCCUCAGCCAAGACGCAAAGAACUACCACGCCUGGCAGCACAGACAGUGGGUCAUCCAGGAGUACAAACUGUGGGACAACGAGCUGGAGUUUGUGGAGAGUCUCUUGGAAGACGACGUGAGGAAUAACUCCGCGUGGAACCAGAGGCACUUUGUCAUUUCUCACACUACGGGCUUCUCUGAUGCCGCCAUAGUGGAGAGAGAGAUUCAAUAUUGUCGCAAACAGAUCAGGAAGGCUCCCCACAACGAAAGUGCGUGGAACUAUUUAAAAGGGAUGCUGCAAGAUAGAGGUCUGUCAUCUCAGCCAGGCCUGCUGGAGAGAGUACUGGAGCUGAAGCAGACACAUUGUUCACCUUAUCUUCUAGCAUUUCUGUUUGAUUGCUAUGAGGAUGCUUUGGAGAACAGCAACCAGAAAGAGAAUGCGGGGGAAGAGGAGCAGAAGGAAAACUUAAAAAGGGCUCUAGAAAUUUGCGAACUUCUCGCACACGAGAAGGACACCAUCCGGAAGGAGUACUGGCUGUUCUUGGGACGUUCUUUAAAGAACAAAUUUGGAAGCAGCGGCCCGUCUGACGAACCUCCCCUCGAACCGUCAGCCCCGGCACCUCAGCCACAGGAGAUGAGUUAGACCACGAGGAAGACCUUGCACCAUUUCCACUCCUGUCCUGCUUCAUCAUUAAUGUCGGCAGAGCCAACUCAUGAAGUCUGAUGUUACUGUAAAUUCCUGAAGAAGUCUGUUUAAAAUAACCACUAACAUGCAAUAACCUAACGUGGCGGGAUUGAGGUUGAAUCAUGCAAAUCUCCGCCGUACUGAAGUGUGAUAACAUCUGUGUUAGAAAAGCGACGUUUCAAACGUAGCGGCUCAUAUUUUUAAAAAUUAUUUGUUACCUUUUUACUCACCCGAAACAACCAUCGGCAUCAAAUCAUUUAGCCAGUUUCUAUCAUCAUCACUUUAGACUUAUAUGAGCGGCUCAUCUCUCUCUUGUGUUUUUGUCUUCUGAACCUUUAAAUCUGUGUUUGACGGCAGUCCCCACGACGACAGCACUGACAAACCCGUGUGAGUGCGUUUACAUGCAACACAUAAUUCAAUUUAAUGUCUUUGAGUGAAGGCAGGAACAUGUAGAGAAAAAAAAAGGAGCAUUUUGACAAGUUUAUCUCAUUCCUUUGUGUCGUUUUUUAAAAAUAUAAUUUAUAAGUUUUGUUAUGUAAGAUUUGAAUGGACCGAUUGGAGUAUUGUGUGCAUGUAAACCCACUUCUUGCUACAUUUUUUUUUUUUGAUGUGUGUUAUAAGGGAACGGAAAUAAAACAGUUUGUAGUAAUACUGAUCUGUAAAGCUCCAGCAGUGAUAAUAAAGCAGAUCAAAUGCAGCCGUAUGCUGCUGCAUUCUGAUCAAUGACACGCA